AUGGGAAAAUUAAUGGUAGAAAGUUCUACAAAGAUUGCAUUUAUUCUCUUGGUUAUUGCCACCAUUUAUAUUCCAUGCACUGAGGCUGGAAUUGGUGAGCUUGAUGAUUUUCUUAAAAACGAAUCUGAAAAAGCCCAUAAACUUGUUCUUGAUUCUUAUGUUCCAAUUCCUGGAGAAGUUACAGAUGACCUCAAUUUCCAUGUUCAUUUAUUAAUGGAAGGAUUAAACAACACAAGGAGGGAAUUAGGGCAAAAAGGUAAAAGAAAAUCAGGACCAUGUGAAGCAACCAACCCAAUUGAUAGUUGUUGGAGAUGCCAACAAAAUUGGGCUGAAAAUAGAUUUCAGUUAGCCAAAUGUGGUAAAGGGUUUGGAAGAAGAGCAGUUGGUGGACUUGGAGGAAAAAUUUAUGUGGUAACUGAUCCAUCAGAUAAUGAUAUGGUAAACCCUAAAGUUGGAACCCUAAGACAUGCUGUUCUCCAAAAGGGACCAUUAUGGAUCACUUUCCAACGUAGUAUGGUGAUUAGAUUGAACCAAGAAUUGAUGGUAACUUCAGAUAAAACAAUUGAUGGUCGAGGUGCUAAUGUUCAAAUUAUAGAUGGUGCUGGAAUUACAAUGCAAUUUGUUAACAAUGUUAUUAUUCAUGGACUUCAUAUGAAAAAUAUUCGAUCUAAAAAUGGUGGUAUGAUUAGAGAUUCUUUUGAUCAUGUUGGACUAAGAACAAGAAGUGAUGGUGAUGCUAUUUCUAUUUUUGGAUCUUCUAAUAUUUGGAUUGAUCAUCUUUCACUAUCUGAAUGUGAAGAUGGUCUUGUUGAUGUUAUUCAAGGCUCUACUGGUAUCACAAUCUCAAAUUGUCACAUGACAAAACAUAAUGAUGUUAUGUUAUUUGGAGCAAGUGAUUCAUACAAUGGUGACAAGAUAAUGCAAGUAACAGUAGCAUUCAACCACUUUGGUCAAGGAUUAAUUCAAAGAAUGCCAAGAUGUAGAUUUGGUUUUGUCCAUGUUUUAAACAAUGAUUACACUCAUUGGCUAAUGUAUGCAAUAGGUGGAAGUUCAGGACCAACUAUUCUUAGUCAAGGAAAUCGUUUCAUUGCACCAUUCAAUACUGCUGCAAAAGAAGUGACACAUAGAGAUUAUGCUUCAAGUUCUGCUUGGAAAAAUUGGCAAUGGACUUCAGAAAUGGAUCUAUUCAUGAAUGGUGCUACAUUUGUUCCAUCUGGUUCACCUAUCAAUACAGGUGUAUUCAAAAAAGCGUUUAUGAUGAAACCACGACCUGGAUCUUAUGCUAGUAGACUAACAAGACAUGCUGGUGCCUUAGACUGUAAAGUAGGAAAGCCUUGUUAG